AUGAGAGUACCUAUUGACGAGAACGACGUACAGCUUGGGAUGGGUGGUCAUCCCACUGUCUUACGUGCAAUGCGCACUGUGCUUGACAAAUACGGCGCAUGUUCCGGUGGUUCACGAAAUAUAUCCGGGCACAACCAAUGGGCUGAAGCUCUAGAGACGUCGCUCGCAAAGCUGCAUCGGAAAGAAGCAGCGCUAUCCUUCACAUCUGGAUACGUUGCGAAUGAGUCUGCACUGGCAGUCUUGGGUGCACAUCUCCCCGGCUGUGUCUUCCUUUCUGAUGAAUCAAAUCACUCAUCCUUAAUCGAAGGCAUCAAGAUGUCUAGGGCUGCCAAGCUAGUCUGGCGACACAACGAUGUUAGAGACCUGGAGAGGAAGCUUGCAUCCAUACCUUUGGAAACACCAAAGGUUGUCGUGUUCGAGUCCGUGUAUUCCAUGUGUGGUACCGUUGCUCCUAUACGUGAGAUUGUUGAUUUGUCUGAGAAAUACGGAGCCAUUACUUUCCUAGACGAAGUCCAUGCGGUCGGCCUCUACGGGCCGCGUGGGGCGGGCGUGGCCGAACAUCUGGAUUACGAUAUCCACCAAGGAGUUCGAGGAGAUGGACAGAGCACGCUCAUGGAUCGAAUUACCCUGGUCAGCGGAGCGCUUGGCAAAGCGUUCGGCACCAUGGGUGGUUACGUCGCCGGGUCCGCAUCUCUCGUCGACAUGAUUCGCUCGCAAGCCCGGAGCUUCAUAUUCACAACAGCACAACCACCAGCCGUUAUGGCAGGGGCGAGAGCUGCGGUCGAACAUCUCUAUUCGCAUGACGACUCACGUAAGCAGCUUCAGCGCAACGCUCGUAGUGUCAAGACGGCGCUACGCGAGCACGGUCUUCCGGUCUUGCCGAAUCAAUCCCAUAUAGUGCCUCUGUUGAUUGGAGACUCGGCAGUCUGUAAGAGGGUUGCAGAUAUUCUGUUUGACGAGUACAACAUAUACGUACAGCCGAUCAACGCCCCAAGCGUGCCCAGAGGACAGGAAAGGUUGAGAAUAGCACCAACGCCAGCUCAUACGUCCAAGCAGCAGGAUCACGUAGUGAGUGCAUUAGUGGAGAUCUGGGACAGAUUGAAGCUGCCGCGCCUGAAAGACUGGCAGCAAGAAGGAGUAUCACCGCUCUCGAAGGUGUUGAGGGAGGAUGAACUGGAUCAGAUAUGGACACCAACUCAGCUUGGCUUGGAAACAUCGAAAAAGCGUAAUCCAGAGUGCUCGCAGCUGUUUGCGGCUGGAGGGGAGGACACGAGGCUUGGGUGGCACUGA